UGUCUUCGAGACAGUCUUCUGAGGCAGUCUGCAGGCUUAACCUCACGCAUGUGUCAGUUGUAUCGUUGACGUUUGUAUCCAAAUUUUGCUAAAACAAGUAAUCCGGCGAUGCCCACCAUUACGCCAACUAAUGAUCUAGUUAGAUAUCAAAAAGAGUUGAAAGAAGAGGAGGAGUUGAUUCAGAAGAUGCUCUCAAAAAUUGACAGACAGCUUGAAGCACUGCAGGUUGAACAGCUUCAGUUGAUAAAUGCCUUGAGAAAGAAUGCUCGACCUGCAAUGUCAUCCACCACCACCAACACAUAUAGUGCACCUGUGAAUAACAUCAGUUUGAAGGAAGAAUUGGAUUUGGACCUUGAUCUUGAUGUACCAAGUUCUUGGAACCUUGUAGGCGAUAUGGAAGAAGAAGACAGUAACUAGAAUAGCUAUCCAAAAUAUAAGUUGCAAACACACCGAAAUUCGAAAUUUGAUUGAAAGUUAGCAUAUUUCAAAAAGUGUAACCAAAAUUGGAAACAUUGGUUUAUUAAAGUAAAUUAUAGAUCAGUAGGUAUUGUGGUAUGACUAAGAACGUUAGAACCUUUUUAUGCAUAGUUAAACAACAAUAAAUAAAACAUUAUUAAGUAACAUAA